GUUUAAUCUACAUAUAAAAAGAUUAGGCGAUGUUAAUUAUGAUGGAUUAAGAUAGUCGUGUAUGUUUAAAUACAAGUGCGAAUUACACGAAUGGUCAAACUGUAGAAAGGAAAGAAAAAUGAAAUUUUUGUGCCUGGUGUCCCUGUUAGUGUGCGCAUUUGCACACGGCGCUGAGGUCGAAAACGAUCUCCUUUCUGCAGUAAACCACGUGGAAAAUCAUCUGGAAAACACUCACUUGCAACUGCACUUCUUAUCAAAUGCCGAGAAUGUGAGCGAAGAUGUACCUGUGCUUGAGUCUGCUGACAGACAACCCCGUCUCGUGACUGAUGCUAUCGCGCAAUUGAUAGAAGACUUCAGAGAUGUGGUCAUUAACGGAAACGAUGACGUGCCUCCGCUCGACCCUCUUGAAAUACUCGUCAUUGGACCCUUCGAUUAUAAAGCUCCCGCUACUACCGCCCAGGUGACCGUCAACAACUUCCGCAUGGAAGGUCUUCGUUGGUACGUUCUGGACACUAUUACCUUCAACCCGAUCCGACUGGCUUUCGGCGCGCACAUCACUAUCCCUUGGAUUACUGUAACUGGUACGUACGAUGCCCGAGCGAGACUCGGUCUCCUGUCUCACAGAGCUGGCGGCAACUUCAGAGUAUUUGCUCACCGUAUCGAGGUCGGUUUGGACAUGAGAGUGGGCACCAACCUGUUUGGUGGACAUUUGAUUCUACGUGAAUUGAACAUCAAAAUUGAUAUUCAUGACACUCAUAUUCAAAUCAGCGGCAUGACUGGCUCCAAUGUCAUCAAUAGUUUCAUCAACGGCAUGAUCCAGAACAUAACUCAAGACCUUAUCCAAUCGGAGAUGGAGAAUGUUAGUCAAAUGCUCAGUGAGGAACUUUUUGAUAUCAUCAACGAGGUUCUCAAGGACUACACCAUCGCCGACAUCAUGGGAUAAACAGUACAACACUAAAGGACCAAAGGAUAUACUUAAUUAUAAUACUCACUACUUUACUUGAUAAUAGUUGUCAAAAUAAAUACC